AGGUGCAAAAUAGACAACGGAAAAUAGUUUGAAACAGUUUGCUUUGGGAUUUUGUAGCGAGCGGUUCAUCUAGACGAAGAAAAAAAUAAAUUUUUAAAAAAAUGUCAGUGAAUAACGGCACGACGGGUCACGAAAAACCUCACAUUGCUGUUGUUGGCGCGGGUCUCGUUGGCAGUUUAGCUGCCUUGCAAUUCGGCAUGAUGGGUCACAAAGUGGAUUUAUACGAAUUUCGUGAGGAUAUUCGUACAGCAGAGCUCGUUAUUGGGCGUUCCAUCAACUUAGCGCUGAGUAAACGAGGUCGCGCUGCUUUACGUGACGUGGGCCUCGAAGAAACUCUCGUCACCCAUGGACUUCCGAUGCGUGGCAGAAUGUUGCACGACUUGCAAGGCAACCGAAAAGUCGUUCCAUACGAUCAUGUGAGCAACCAAGCAAUUUAUUCCGUUGGCAGAAAAUACUUGAACGAAGUACUCUUGAACGCUGCGGAAAAACAACCGAAUAUCACGAUGCACUUCAACAUGAAACUCGUGGAUUGCGACCUGAAAAACGGCGAAAUGCGCUUCAUGGAUAUGCGGGACCCGGCAAAAAGUGUCAUUACCAAAAGUGCGGAUUUGAUAAUUGGUGCGGAUGGAGCUUUUAGUGCCGUGCGGAAGCAAAUGGUGAAACAACCGGGAUUUAGUUACUCGCAAACGUACAUCGAUCACGGGUAUUUGGAGUUGUGCAUUCCCGCAACGGAAGAUGGGGAAUUUGCAAUGAACGAAAAUUAUUUGCACAUUUGGCCACGAGGGCAAUUUAUGAUGAUCGCAUUGCCAAAUGCAGACAAAUCGUGGACCGUGACACUUUUUAUGCCGUUUAAGAAUUUCGAAUGUAUUCGCGAGGAAAAAGAUUUGCUCGCAUUUUUCAAGGAAUAUUUUCCGGAUGCCAUUGAGUUGAUCGGAGAACAGAGAUUGAUGAAAGAUUUCUUCAAAAUUAAGGCACAGCAUUUGAUUCAAGUGAAGUGUAGUCGUUACGAUUCGUAUGGCAGAGUGUUGAUUAUUGGAGAUGCAGCACAUGCAAUGGUUCCCUUCUACGGUCAAGGCAUGAACGCCGGCAUGGAAGACGUCACGGUGCUCAAGAACAUCCUAAACGAAUACAAAUCCGACAUUGCAGGCGCCUUACGGGAAUUCAGUCGCGUUCGUUGGGAAGAUGCACACGCCAUUUGCGACCUUGCCAUGUACAAUUACGUCGAAAUGCGCGAUUUGGUGAACAAACGUUCGUUUCUGCUGCGAAAAAUGCUGGACGACUUCCUGUACUCCAAAAUUGGCAAUCACUGGAUACCCCUGUACAACACAGUAUCAUUCUCACAAAUCCCCUAUCGUGAGUGUAUCGCAAACAAAAAGCGACAAGACAAGAUUCUUUUGAGUUCAGCGAUUUUUUUGGUCGUAACUCUUCUCGUUUUACCCUUGAUUUACGUUUUAUUUGCGAAUUUUGUGUGUUGAGAUAAAAGAAGUUUGAAUCUUAUCGUUUAAGAAGCCAAAAAAAAAAAAGUAAAGAAAAAGUUCA